AUGAGUUUCCUUCUAGACUCGUUUGGUCUUCUUGCCCAUCUGAUUGAGAUAUUUUUCCUGUCAAGAGUCGUUUGGCGUCUACCACGUCUGUCUGAGAUAUUUGUUUCUGGUGAGAGUCGUCUGGCAUCAUUGCCCAUCGGUCUGAGAUUAUUUUUCCGUGGAGGUCAGCCUUCACCUUUUUCGUUAUUGGACGUGUGCAUAGAGUCCUUUCAGAGUUCCUUGCAGAGUCGUUCGGCGUCAUUGCCCAUCUGGUUGGACUUCUUUCCUGUCGACGUUUGCAUCUACGUUUUUUAUUACUUUGGCGUCAUUGCCCAUCUGUCUGAGAUUGGUUUUCCUGUCGAGGAACGAUAUUUUUAUGGCAUAAGACAUUUGUCAGGAAGGAGAGCCUUCGGCCGCAGAGCAAGCGAAGGUGAAUACCACUCAGGCCCACUCAGAGAGGCUCGACAGCGCGAUAGCUGA